CUACUCUGCUGUACUCUGUCCUUCAUCCUUCAUGUCCCUCAUGUCACAGCUGCAACUUCCUGCAUUUGUCUGUUACCCCUGUCACUGCACGUAUACAGCAACAUCCUGUCAACAUGACUCACGCGUAUCCCUUCCUGACUUCUGAGCAGAAGAAGGAGCUCAGUGAAAUCGCUCAGAGGAUCGUAGCUGCUGGGAAAGGCAUCCUGGCAGCCGAUGAAUCCACAGGCAGUGUGGCCAAGCGCUUCCAGAGCAUUAACGCUGAGAACACAGAGGAGAACAGGAGGCUUUACCGCCAGCUUCUCUUCACUGCUGACGACCGGGUCAAACCUUGCAUUGGUGGCGUCAUCUUCUUCCACGAGACACUCUACCAAAAGACAGACAACGGCAAGCUCUUCCCCCAGCUCGUCAAAGAAAAGGGAAUGGUGGUGGGCAUCAAGGUGGACAAAGGUGUGGUUCCCCUCGCCGGCACCAAUGGAGAAACCACCACUCAAGGUCUUGAUGGGCUCUAUGAGCGCUGUGCUCAGUACAAGAAGGACGGUGCUGACUUCGCCAAGUGGCGCUGUGUGUUAAAGAUCACCUCCACCACCCCAUCCAACCUGGCCAUCAUGGAGAACGCCAAUGUGCUGGCCCGCUACGCCAGCAUCUGCCAGAUGCAUGGCAUUGUGCCCAUCGUGGAGCCUGAGAUUCUCCCAGACGGUGACCAUGACCUGCAGCGUUGCCAGUAUGUGACUGAGAAGGUGUUGGCAGCUGUCUACAAGGCUCUGUCUGAUCACCAUGUUUAUCUGGAAGGCACGCUGCUCAAGCCCAACAUGGUGACUGCUGGACACUCCUGCCCCAAAAAGUACAGCCCUCAGGAGAUCGCCAUGGCAACUGUCACUGCCCUGCGUCGCGCUGUGCCCCCCGCUGUGCCGGGUGUGACCUUCUUAUCGGGUGGCCAGAGUGAGGAGGAGGCCACCAUCAACCUGAACGCCAUCAACCAGUGUCCUCUGCACCGACCCUGGGCCCUCACUUUCUCCUACGGCCGGGCCCUGCAGGCCUCUGCACUCAAGGCUUGGGGAGGCAAGAAGGAGAACGGCAAGGCCUGCCAGGAAGAGUACAUCAAAAGAGCCCUGAAUAACAGCCAGGCAGCUCUUGGGAAGUACGUGUCCUCUGGAGAUAAGGGGGCAGCAGGUCAGGAGUCUCUGUUUGUGGCCAAUCACGCUUACUGAAGUCAGCCAGGCUGCUCCUCCUCAGCACACUUCAUCCUCAUUCCACCCAGUCACUCCCUCACUUUGAUAGAGCUUCUCCCAUAUUAACCAACAGUUCUACAUUUUCAUUAGUGUUGAGAGCCUAAAAGCGUUCCUGGCUAUGAUUUGAAAAAGGUGACACUCCAGUUUUAUCCUCCUGUCAAGUUUGACUUUUGACUUGUAAAGUCAGUGUUACUGUACCGCCUAACAGUUUGUGUUGUGUCACUUCAUUUUGUGUUUGUACAUUUAAAUCCCACAGAAAGAAAGAGUUAAGAGUUCCACUACAGUCUUCCUCAGUUUGUAUUCCAUCUCUGGUUUCUGAAAUUGUCAUAAUGAUUCUUAACUACACGUGCCUUCAUUUCUAAACUGAACCAACAGCAAGAGGGAGACUUUGAAGAGGACGUCAUAAUGCAUGUACAGUAUUAGAGUGUAUGCACUGGAAAGAUCUUUAAAUUAAAAUAUCCCACAACUAAUAA